UAUAAAUUCCGUCGUUUGGAUCAACGUACUAAAGUUAAUCAUCUACUUCAUGCAGUUUUCCAAAAUGAUUUGGUACAGUGUAAUAGCUCGUUGAAUGUCUUGUAUCGUCGAAUAGCAAUGCAUCCCACGUUGAUUAAUAUGAAUGUUUAUUUGAGUUGUUUGUCGAUUUUAUUACUCAAAUUGAAAAAUGAUUCAGACUUUCAAAUCUUGCAAUUGAAACCUAUAAUAACCGAUUUUAUCCAUUUCCACAAGGCUUAUCAUAAAAAAUACUCGGAAAACUUCUCUUCGGUAGUUGAGUCCCUUAUAAUUCUCCUUAUUCAUUGGUUUAAAUCUAUUCAACUGGACUCCUUGUUGAGAAGCUCCGCUUCAGAGUAUGUUUUUUCCAUUUUACAACUGCUUGACGUCGAUUACAUCCGUUUGGCAAAAUCAUUAACCCCGCUGGAUUUAGAUCAUUAUAUAUCUAUACUUCGUCCUCAUAUCGACUCGGCUACUUUGUUGCAAAUUUCAAAAGAAUCUGCUAAAGUGUUAUCCCCUGAUGAAGAAAUGCUCUCGAUUAACCAUUAUAAAGAACUGGGUCGUUUAUCGUACUCUGGAUUAUGCAAAUUCAUCUCUAACACUAGAUUUGAUAAAUUCGAUAACGGUUCUAAAAAACCGUUGUACGAAAUAUACAAAUCUCUUCCAAAGUCAAAGCAACUGGAAUUCAUGAAUGAUUAUAUGAACUUCAAUAGAAAAAGAGAAUUAACAAUUGAAAAUCAUUGCCUCCACUUGACUUCUUCUAACUCCCCGACCCAUAACACCUACAGCAUGCAACUUUCCAAAAUGGUUGGAGACUGGAUCUCACAUAAUGUCUCGGUCUUAUCAGGGUUGAAAUCUAAAUUAGACACUAUCGAUGGGCAAGACAAAUCAAGUCUUGCAGACUUAUCGCUCGAAGAAACUCACUUACUCAAGUAUACUGCUCAUUUAAAUUUUAUUCCAGGUCCUGAAUUGGUCAACCUUGUCAUUAAUGAUCUUCUUACCGAAGCCUUAACUUCCAAAGAUGGCCACAUUGGCGCUGCUAAAUUUUGUAAGUCAUUAAGAUCCAAGUUUAUCCAAUUAGUACUUCGUGAUAAAAAAAAUAAACAUAUAUAUGGUCAAAUUUUAAAAUUCAUGACUGAAGAUGAUGCAAUUGAGUUUUUCUCAACUCUAAUAAAAAUUAUGGCCCCAAAUUGCACAAUCAAUUCUAAUUUAGUAAAAGAUUCUCAAGUCUAUGAAGCAAGAAAAUUAAUCGAUAAAGUAGAAUCGGAUAAUGAUGAAUUAUUCUUUGAAAAAUCUAACGAUUCUUAUCCUGCUUUUUUACUGAUUGUAUCAAAACAGUUUUCCAAACAUGGCAAAUUCGAAAGAUUUUACGCAAUCAUUAAAAUUCAUCCUUAUUUGCUUCUUGAAUAUCAAAAAUAUUUCGAACUUUCCGAAGGUAUGAAGACUUUUUUACCAAUGCUCUGUGAACCCAAACCUUGGGUAUCUCCAUCGGAUGGUGGGUUUCUACUCGAUCUCAAAAAAAUUGUUGCAUCUACUUCAAAGUUUAACCUGAUGGUAUACAUUAAUGCUGCCCAUGAGUCAAAUCAGUUAGAAUCAACAUAUAAAGCGCUUGAUGUGCUUGGCUCAACAAAAUGGAUAAUCGAUACCAAAAUGUUGAAGAUUUUUAAUCAGAUACUAGAUAUGGACGUUCCAUUGUUUGACAUACCCCCACACCUAGAUAAGUUACGAAUUGAACUUCCUGAUGAACCGAAAAGAGAGCAUUUUGAAAAUGAUGACCAAUUCACUAGAUAUACAAGAAGAUACCAUCGUGAUGUGGCUUUGAGAUUGAAAGAAUAUCACGGCAGAAGAGGAGAUAGAAUAGUACUUGAAAGUAUAAGAACCUAUUGUAAUGCUAUAGACGAGAAUGGUGAUAUGUUUUUCAUUCCUCACAAUGUUGAUACCAGAGGCCGGGCAUAUCCCAUGACUUCAAUAGUACAUCAUCAGAAUAGUGAUCCAGUUCGUGCCUUAAUGCGUUUUUGGGAUAUGAAGCCUUUGGGCAAGAAUGGUUUCAAUUGGAUAAAAUACCACUUGGCAGGUGUUUACGGGGAAGAUAAACUAAGCUUUGAAGACCGCAUCAAGUUCGUCGAUGAAAACAUUUUUAAUAUAAGAGAAUCCGCUGAGAAUCCUUUUUAUGGGGCUAAGUGGUGGCAGAAUGCUGAUAAACCUUUCCAAACUUUAAGUUACUGCUUUGAAAUAAACUCAAUCUUGGAAUAUAUCGAGUCGAGCAGUGAAAACAGAGUCGAAAAUUACUUGUCUAGAGCUCCAAUUCACCAAGAUGGUUCUUGCAAUGGGUUACAGCAUUAUGCUGCAUUAGGGGCCAAUAAAGCUGGUGGGAAAGCUGUUAAUCUUAUCCCUAGUGAAAAGAAAUCAGACGUUUAUAUGUCUGUUUUAAAUCUUGUUAAAGAAAGAGUUCACAGCGAUUUUGAAACAAAAAAGAAUAAGGAUUUGGCCAAGGUUGCCUAUCCUCUUCUUGAUAGAAAGAUUGUUAAAAGAACCGUGAUGACCAGUGUUUAUGGAGUUACCAAUUUUGGAGCCAAAUUGCAAGUUGAAGAAAGGCUAACAGAUUAUACCAAGCAUUUAAAGACCAUUAGAAAACAAGAAGGUAUAGCUUUGGAGAGUGGCGUAUUAGAAGAUUCAGAAAUAAGAAAAUUAAUCAACCAACUUUCUUCCUACAUAGCAAAUCAUAUCCUUGAAGCAAUUUCAACUUUGUUUUCGGAAGCUAAAUCAAUUGAACAUUGGAUGACCAAAAAUUGUUACAGAAUUAUAACUUCAUACGAUCUUAGAACCGUAAAAAGUUUUGACAGUUUUGAUUUUUUCAAAGGCUCUUAUAAGAAUAUGAUGUGGACAUCCAUUUCUGGAUUUCCAGUUGUUCAGCAGUAUAAAUCCUAUUACGAUAGGCUUCUCAAAACUCCUUUGUUUAUGUAUAGACUCAGACGGCCCGAAGUCAGAGAAAGGGUUGACAUUGUGAAACAUAUACAUUCAGUAGCACCCAAUUUUAUCCAUUCCUUGGAUGCUACACAUAUGAUGAUGACUGCUUUAGCUGCCCAUCAGAAUAAUAUCCUGUUUGCUUCAGUUCACGACUCAUUUUGGACACAUCCAAAUGAAGUUGAAAUAUUAUCUAAAAUCAUCAGAGAGGAGUUCGUACGAAUGUAUACAUCUGAUAUAAUUCGACACAUGGAACUAGACUUGAAGUAUACUGCAAGGGAUUCAUUUCAACUUGUAUGGUUCAACAGAACAAAACACAUACAAUUUGCUGAACAAAUAGACAGUUUAAGACAAAAGUUCUUAAGAUUAACCAAGGUUAAACCUCAAUCAUACAAUAAAUGUUUAGCAGCAGAAUUGGAAAACCCCGAAAAAGUUCUUAGUUUAUACAACACUUAUAAACCUGAUGUUUAUUUAAUCAAACAUAACAAUCUUGCUGCAAUUUACGAAAAUAAAUCUACAGAGAAAGAUGCAUUCUUCAAAAUUUCAAAGAAAGAUUAUGUGCCAAUUCUAAUACCCGUUAAAAUCUUAGAUCCACCAAGUACAGGAGACUUGGAAAUUAAAGAAGUUUUAAACAGUAAAUAUUUCUUUUCA